AUGACGACUACAUUUCCUCUUCUCCGUCUGCCAUAUCUCGUGCUUAUGCCUGUCUUGGAACAAAUGGAAUUUCUGGAUAGAAUCGCAUUCUCUAUUCUUUCCAAACGAACCAGAAUGUAUGUGAAACUACUCAAAAUGAAGAGUAAGAAUGUCAAGUUAAAAUGGAAUGGUAACAAAAUCGAGAUGAUAGUGUUUUGUGAUUUUACUAGAGUAUUGGAGGUGGAUAUGUAUAUCAAUGAAUAUCAACGAAGCACUUUCAUGAAUCAAUAUAAACCGGUUUAUUCAUGGCGCGACAGUAGUCUACUUCCAGUGGACUAUGUCCUCACAAUUAUGGACGUCAUGCAUUGCAAGUCGAUCGAUAAGUUCAUAAUCGUUAAAAUUUCUGAACACGAUUGUAUCCCAAUCGUCGCCAAACUCCCAAAAAUUGAUGAAGUCGUUGUUGAUCACCAUUGGCCUGACGUUAUUUCUUACGAAGAAUAUAUUCAAAUAGAAAGACAACUUCUCAGAGUUCUGAGAACUGUUUUGCCAGUUUCUUCUGCAGUUACUAUUUCCUAUCGGUUCCAAAACCACAAUAACCUCCGAGAAAUUCUCAAAGGAAAUUUCGACGCCGUGAUUUUAAAGUGGCCCGACAACUGGAUUACUCUUAAUGAUUUGUGGAUUACAAACUCUAAGGUACUUGAGCUUCAUAAAGUAGCGCUUAACAUGAGAGACCUGAACCGUUACUUCAAGUUGUGGACGAAGAAAAUAUGUAAUGAUCAACUGGAAUACAUGGAAGUGAGAUUAUAUGACAAGACAAGUGUGGAUCUCAUUCUCGACGGACUUAACGCUGUUCCAGUUCCCAUUGAAACACAGAGAGAAUUCCGGAUGGAUAUUACAUUUCUUUUUCAUCCACCACUUGAAAUAGCGGUUUACGUCUUCUACUUCGACGGCUGCACCAACAACCUCAAGUGUCUUAAUGUUUGUCCUCCUCAAAUCGUUCAGAGAAAACAUUUUAUGAUUUGGCAUGUCAUCAUCACAAUCUUUUAA